AUGCCUAAAAUGGUCGGAGCCUUUCAAAAUUUACCCAUGGUGAUGCCUUCGGAUGAUAUACUUUCUUCUGCAAAACGGAAAGCCAGGAGAGUUACUCCAUCUAAGGGUAAAGGAUUGUAUCACGUAUUGUUCAAUCUCAUCAGGCUAGAAACACCUAUUCUUGGCUCUGGCUUUUGAUUAUUAUUUUUACUUUGCAGGUAUUGCAAAUAUUGCAAAGAGGGAGAAAAACAAAGGUGCUAAACAUCUCGAUGCAUUGAUGAAGGUUUGUUCUUUGAAAUACGCAUUUAGUAUCUUCUAGAAAAUGGCUUGAUCAUGCAUAAUCUACUGAUAAUAGGCCAUCAGUACACUGAUGUGAAGGCGCAAGGUGAAAACUUUACAUAUAAAUUGUUAAUUUUUACCAUUACAUCUGCAAAUUUUCUCACAAAUAACCGUAUCAAUUCUUUGAUGCAUUCAGGAAAUAGCUGUUCCUUUGAGGCUUUAUCUAGCGAACUUCCCCAAGAAAUAUCUGUUACAUCCCUAUGAACGUUCUCUUAUCGAGUUGACUUUUGGGGAAGGGAAUUAUGAGGAGGUAAACCACUAAUUUUCUUUGAUUUUUUCUUUCAUGCUCAGUUACCGUCCCUUGCAACGAAAAAUUAUUACUGGUUGCUUCUUAGAUGCUCAUAUGGUUAUUCUCACUGUUGUCCGCUAUGUUUACCUUUAUCUCUGUGUUUUUUAUAUUUUUAUUGCUCAUUUGAUGCACGGUGUUUUCCACUCUAUGGAGUCAGUGGCUACUGGAAUUUACAUCCCAUGACUUCACUGUGGUCUGCUAACUGAACGGUUGGUCCAAUGGCCUUGACUUCGAAGUUUUUCCAUCUAACAUUUUGGUUAAAGCAGAAUAAAAUUAGGUAGGAGUCUGGAAGUGGUCAGUCAUUUGGGUAUACCAAUUAGUGGAGUGUAACAAGGGAUACUCUCUCCUGUAAUUAUUAUCUAAUGAGUGGGAAUCACUUAAAGAACUCUUCCACUGAAAACUUAUGCUUUCCUGAAGAGAAAAAGAAACCAUUUCUGGGAUGUUAUUUAAAGUUGGAGGGCAGGGCCCCCCAUUCUGUUACCAGAUAUCACCUUUGUCUUCAAGAUGCUCAGCUUAUGACUCUCUUAUGAUAAAGGAGAAAUAGAUCAUAUGUGACGUGGAUAAUUGGCGAAUUAGUCUAUCAUUUGGAAGCCUUUUCUUGUUUAUUUAAACAUUCAUGGAAAUGUUUUAGUAUCUCCUGAGUUUAGCACUGAUGCUGGAUCCUGUUGAUCAAAAUUGUUGAUACUCAAUGAGUAGCACUAUAUGAUGUCAUUUGGCUCAGAAUUUAUGAUGGUGGCGCUAGAAUGUUUUUUUAGUAGACCAAGCAUUCAUUCAUUCUCUUACUAAAAAAGCCUCCAUCUCCAUUCCAUCUCUUUUUGGAUCUCUCCACCACUCUUUACGCCUGUGGUCAUGAUUCUUUGAUAGUCUACCUUUGUUGUACCUCCAUACAAUUACAGUCUGUAGUAACACCUAUGAACAAGGCUAAUGAGGGAGAGUAGGGGUAGGUUUAGGGCGCUUGAAGAAAAUGAGCAAGGAAAAGAAGUACCAAAGUUAUCAUUAACUGGAUGUAAUGGGGGUAGGAUGUUUCAUCUCCUCUUUGAUGUUAUCUUUUCCUCCAUUUUGUUCUCUCUUUCUCUCUUCUUCCUCUUAUUUCUUUCUAUCAUGGUUGAGUCAGAAAGCAUCUUUGCACUGUCAAAACCCCAAAAUGCUUUAUUAUCGAUCUCAUGUUUGCCCAACUUCUGGGAAUGUAAAUAAUGUCUUUGUUAGCUUGAUUUUCGGGUUUUUUUUUGAGUGAAGUAUUUAGUUUAAGUCAGUCAGGUGACCAGAUUUGAGUGAUAGAUGUAUUAUGUUUAGAAACUUUUUUGCUGAUCAUCUGACUUGAAAUUUCAAGUCAAUGCGUCUUAUCUGGAUUGCAAUGUCCUGGACAAGCUUUCAUCUAUGGAAUCACAUUAAUUAGAACUCAGUCCAUUGUUUACAACCAAGCCAGGGUGAUCUAACAUGGUUUUUUCCUCACCUGUGGGUUCAAAAUAUUGUACUGAGAUCACUAAGCUUGAUUUGAUUUGAUGGGAUCAUUUCAGUACAUGACCAAAUAAUAACCCCACAAAAAUUUUAUAGGAUUUACACUGUAAAUGAAAGAAGUUUAACUUAUUACUGGUCUGAAAAUGCAAUGCAUCCAUCCAACCAGUGUUUUGGUUUCUCAAUUCCUUUGUGAACUCUUAGGCCACUAGUUGAAACUCUUUUUUCCCAUUUCCCUUCAAGCUGGUUUAGGUAAUCUUGCCAACGAGACGGGAAGAAGUUAUGUAGAUGCACUAAAAUUAUUCCCCGAGUACUACAGGUACAUUCUACCCGCAAAAAGGGGAUAAAUUAAGAGUCGUAUUCUAGCUCUCUCCUUUAUUCUGAUGAAUGAUUUAUCUAAUUCCCGGCAAAGAUCUGGCUUCUCAAAAGGAAGUGUUCUCUGCCAGAGUUUGAACUAUCCCCCCAAAAUAUAAUGGGCAAUAUCGAUCUGUAUCAGAAUUGGCUUAUUCUGAGUGCUACGACAUCACUAGUUAUAUUUUCUAUUUUUUGGAACAAAAGAGCGAAAAAAAUAAAGAAAUAGAGAAUGUAGACCUCUUUCAUUGUUCAUUAAGCUCAUAUCAUGGUUUUAAUAUAUAAUUGGAUAUCACUUUACUUGAAAAUUUAUCUUCCAUAAUCUAUACUUUUGUUAUUGUGAUCAUCCAUAACCGAUGAAUGCUUUUUAGUUGUACCGAAUAAGGAUGGAUGGCUCUCUUCAUUUUAUAGAUUGGAAAGUUGUUUGUAAAUAUUCAUAUUUUUCUAUUUUUUCUAAUUUGUGUGCCUCUCAUAGGUAUUGGGCAGGGUAGACUCUCUUAGGAAGAAGAUUUUGUCUGUUGGAAAAGAACAUGCUGCACUUUGUGCUCAGGUUUGAUCAACAAUAGCUUAGAAUUACACUUUUGAGUGGUUUUUAAGAUUUGCUUAUUUCCAUGGAUCAACGUCUCUUGUGGAGUGUGUUGUUGUUGGAACUUUUCGUUUUUUAACCUCUGCAUGGUUACCAUAGAAGAAAAUCUUCCUUAUAUAGAUUUAUUUCGCACUUAUGGAUGCUAGAGUAAUGUUUCAUGUGAUUUGAAAACUCUGUAAAAUUUGCGCACAAGAUACAUGUAUUAUGAAAGCAAAUACUCUACCUUUUGUCCAGCUCUCAUUUUGCUUUUAAAUGUCGUGGAUACCAUUCUAUCUUGUAAGUCUGUAAUCUUACAUUCUAUGGUGUAGAAUUGUGAAUCGGUUUGUUGACGUACAGAGGCAUUCAAACCAAUAUAUAUCACACCGAUAAUUCUGAUUUAUAUUUACAUACAAAGGCAGUACAAGACCACAUAAUAAACAAUUAUCCAAAAAAGGGGAUCUGCAGGUGUAUUUUUAAUUUGCUCUCAAAAACCUCUGUGCAAUAUUUCCAAAGUCUACAUCAAAGUGGUGAAGACCAUGUUUCCAAAUCUCUUAAGAUUGAGAAAUUGAAGACCAUGUUACCCAAUAUGUCAAAAUUGAGGAAGGUUGUUUUUGUCCAAAAGUUUCUUGAACGCAACUCACUUUAUGAUGUAAUUGCCAGUUUCUGAGCGACGCAUUUAUUUUAAAAGUUUGCCAGUUGCUCUCACUCCCAAUUGUUCAAAGGAUACCAGAGGAUGCGGAUUAGUUGUCAUUUUUUUUUUAAACAUUUGUGUAAUGACGUCUAUGCCAUGGUUCCUGUAACUUUCUUUGCUACUCUAGGUAACAGACCCACUCCUAGGAAUAUGUGUUGGAGACAAAUAAAUUCAGCCAUGCUAUCCCAAUGUGCUUAUAUAACUGUGUUAGAGAGGUGUCUAAACAGUUCUCUGUUGUGCGGAGUCAUGAAAACAUAUUUAAUGAAUGUUGUGAGAUUUGUUGAUAAAGUUAGUACUUGGCUGAAAAUGUUAAUAAGAGAAAAGUAAUCUGUGUUAAACAAUAUAUCUGUCAUGAAUUGAUUCUCUGGUUUUGAAUGCAUAGGAUAAAAUAGAUCUCAUUGAAUCUAAGUGAUAAACUUAUUUCUUGGGUUUCUUCUGACAUUCGUUUUUGAACUUGUUGUCAUACUCCCAAGAUUAUGUACAGAGUGACACAUAUCUUUGGUCCUUUUGGUGUCUUCAAAUAAAUCAAUUUUCUAUAAGAUGUUCUCUCGUAUGGUGUGAUGGUAGAAUGUUCAAUGAAUGUGUUGUCAGUACUGCAACAGUGGUCCCAUGGUUUCCCUUCCCGUUAUGAAGAAAAAAUGAAAUUCUAACCCCAUGAUUAUUUAUUGGUUCCUUAUUAAUAUCCUAUUCUUCCUCCUAACAUUCAGGCACAUUGGUUGAAGAUUAUGGCUUUUGAAGUAGCGUAAGUAGAUGGAGACAUCUUAACGAGCCCACACACUUAAACAGGGUUUUCUAUGGCAUUGUUGGUUUCAUGUUCCGUGAGAUGGUGAACUUGUGAUGAAUGAUUCAUUAAUGACAGAAUCUGUUGUCACGUCUUAGUUUAGCAUACAUUCAAAUUUGGUUGUGUUCUAAAUCAUACUUUUUUACGGUAAAUUGGUUUAUGCUGAUUUAAAUUUCGGUUGAGAUUAUGUCAAAGUUCGUAUACAUUUCAUGCCACAAAUGUUUCUCUGUUUCUUUUUUUUUUCCUUUCACUUUUCUCCACCCCCUUUAUUUUUUGAGUAAAGUAAAGAUUUUUACUAGGUUGGAUAUUUAACCUUGGCAGUCAUCAACGAAGCGUGAAGCAGAAGAAAGAUUAAGUGAGGUCUGUACAUAGUUCCUGUGAUACAGCUCUUUAGUUAUAUAUUAGUUUUUGUUCCUGUUUAUGUCUCCUGUCCCUUAUUGCAUAUUUGGGAUUUUCUAUUUUAUCUGUACAUGCUUAUGCCCUAUAAUGUUUGUCUGGUUGCUGGUUGCAGGGGGUGAGGAAACUGGAAGAUGCUUUCCAUCUUCAAAGGCAUGCUGUUGAAGAUUUGUUAAAGAUUGCCAAGGUAACAUGACUUUUUGUUCAUUUCUCAUAUUGGUUUGCCAGCAUGCGUAGGUCAGCUGAUUACGGGCCUGACUGGGUUACAUGAGUUUAAAUAACAUUCCUAAGAUAUUAGUCAGAAUAUUUUUCUACAGCCGUUGAGGUAUUUUUUUAGCUUGAACCAGAUUAAUUACCUUCUAUCCCACCCGUCUUUGUUUUGACUUAGACAAGCAUGUCCAAAAGAAUAAUAGCAUUUGAUGACAUCUGCUUUCCAUGGCGCUCGUGAGAUGUGAGCUUCUGGCAUCCUGCUGAUAAAUAUAAUAUAUUUGGCAAUCUUACUGCAAGGCUCUUGUUAACAAAUGGUAUGUUGCAAUUGCGUUGUUGCCUGCAUAUGAAACAUUAUGUUGUUAUUGAGUAUGUUUGAGAAGCAUUUAAAUCUGAGAUGUCAUAUAAGUCUAAUAGACAUCUGAAGGAUUUUGAUAUCGUCAAAUGGAAGAUAACUCUGGUAUCUAUUUUUAUUUGGUCAUUAAAUCAUUUUGGUUCUGCCUUGAAACAAAGAUCGCUAGUUAGUUUAUGCUCAAUUUAUUUUAAUUUUUGUUGUAGUCGGAAAGCGGGGGAUAAAUUUUUGGAAUAAAUAUGUACUUGGAUUUUCCAAAUGGUUGUCUAUUCCAUUUGGAGGUUAUUUGGUGUUUUAUUUGGAGCAUGACCUUGGACCAAUCUGCCUUCAUUCUUGUGGCUUGCAGCACAUUCAGGUCAAUAUCUUCAUUUGAACGGAAAAUAAUUAAAAAGAACCGUACAGGGCACCAAUUCGAUGAUGAGAAAACAACUGAAAUUGCUUGGAGUUAUAUAACAGGAACAGAGAGAGAGAGAGAGAGGAAGAGAGAGAGAGAGGGGAUUCUGCUGGAAACUAGACAGAAGAUGGCCUUUUGAUACGGCUGCUGCUCUCCUUGUCCUUGCAAAAGACUUGUUAGUCCCUUAACUACCGACCUCACGACUCGUUCUUCUGAUUAGUUCAGAACUUAACCUUUCGACUGUGGUCCGUUACUCUUACGUCUGUAAGUAAACUGAAUACUGGGUUUUACAAUGGGCGUCAUUUCGGGCCUAGCAGAAAUUUUCCUCUUAUGACUUAUACUGGUUGAAGCUUUUUGCUUAUGUGAGUCUGUCAAAUCAUGUCAGAAGUGCCGAGUUUUAUGCAUCCUUCUAUGAGGCCAUGAAGUCUAAUAUUGCAGAGUAUGAGUUUGGCUGAUAUUUUUUGUGCUCUCUUCUGUCUGAAAAAUUUGAUCAUUGGAAAAUGACGGAUGGACCAAUUGGGCCACAUUGUUUGUACAUUACAAGUCUAAAUGGUUGGUGUAAUUUCACAGACCUUGCGUGCUAUGCCAGUGGUAGAUCCAGCGACCCCAACAUUGUGUCUUGUGGGAGCCCCCAACGUUGGAAAAUCAUCACUUGUUCGUAUACUUUCAACUGGGAAGCCUGAGGUACGUCUUUAAACUUAGUAUAUGAUAACACCGCUUUAGUUCAUUGUUAUUUGUGUAUUUUGUAAAUUGUUGCAAUAUUUAAUAGUUUGUUCCUCUGCUAGUAAUGAACUUAAUGAAAUGGUUAUCCACCGUCCAAAAAUCAUUUUAAAUAAAGUUCUCGGAAAUUUUCAAUAAAUAUUUGUAUUAGUUGAUCUUUUUCAUGAAAACAUUGCGACAGUUGCGACAGAAAUAUUUUUUGGUUUUACCUGUGACAAGCCCAUGAUUUGGAAUUAGAUCGAGUUCCGGACUAUGAGGGAGGGGUUUCUCACACAUCUUAUAAAAAGUCCUGAAUUAAGAAGCACAAUCGUAAAAAAAUCGAAUGAGCAGAAACAGACUCUUCUGCUAUCGAAUUUAGUGUUUUUGAAAUAUGGACAUCCUUCACAGGAUUGAAGUUUCCUUUCAGGUAAACUAUUUAAUCGUCCUCCACUAUUUCCUAGUUUAUAUAGAGAGGUUUCUUUUGGUUUUUCUUAGCUGAUUGGAUAUAUUUGUCUUCUUUUUUUUCUAUAGCAAUUAUCACGUCGUACUAUUCACUUUCAAAAAAAGAAAAUCUAUUAUGUGUGUCGGUCGAUAUCCCUUUGUUACAUGUCAAACCCCUUCUGUUUCAAAGUUCUCAAAUAACUAUAAAAUAGGGAACGUCUGGGUUAUGAUAACAAUUCCUUCAUCACCUCGUCAGAAAGGAGCACGCUCUCAUCUCUUUGCUGAAGGUUAGUGGUCUGCAUUUUCUGUGCAUGAGACUACAUCAUAAUACUGAUGAGUCCCUCAUUACAGCAUAGUACUGCAUCCUCCUUGCCAGAGAGAUGAGUCUCACGCCCUUGGGCUUAGCAUCCGCCCCUUUGAAAAAAAUACAAGUAAAAAAACGCAUGCUUAUACUCACUAGAUGUAAGAUCCUAUCAUUUAGAUGGUACAUCCAUUACAGAAGAUGUCGUUCACUAAAUAGGGAUGCCUGCAUUCCCCAAACUAUCAGCAACAUAAGUUUUAGUGAUGAUAGUAAUAUAAAAUAUUUAAUUCUCAGUGUCAAGUUUUCUUUACUGAGCAAUCUUUUGUUAGACAGGUUUAUUGCCCUUGGAAUGACUAUAAACUUAAAAGAUGUUAUAAAAUAUUGUUUUAUUGAAAAGAAUCCGAUAUAAUUAGUUCAUUGUGUGAUCACUGAAAGCAAGAUGGCCAAGGCUUGCAAUAAACUUAAGAAAUUUGUUGUGAGAAGUGGCCUAAUCAUUGGACACAGAUAAUUUUUUUCUAUGAUCUUGAAUGUUGGUAUCAGGCCACAUACUGAGUCUAAAGAAAAUAUCCAUUAUUUUGGAGAAUUUGCGAAGUCCUAGAAAUUAACUAUUUCCAUCAGUUUCUGAAGAUAUAGCCUGCGAAAUAAAGGAUGCUAAAGACCGAAUUACAUAAUUCUGCGUAUAAAGGAUGCUAAACGCUGACUGUAGGUUUUGCAGUAGUUAGUAGUUCAGGUUGAAUAAAAUAGCGUGGGAAGUAAAAGAAUUAUCCAAAAAGAGAGAAAACCUCUAACUAAUCUUCCAAAAAGCAUAUGGAUUUCACGUGAGGGAAGUGAGCAAAUGCUCCUCUAUGUAAAUGGCAUUGAAUGCCAGGGAUGAUUACGUACAAAGGAUGCUAGAGUCAAAGGCUGUUCUUAAUAAACUUUAUCCACGUAGCAAUAAACUUUCUCAUCCGAUGAAAUAGAAUAGCUGUCAUCCUUGGUACAUCUGACUGUGUAUUGAUGAUCCGUAAUUUAGCUUGCUAAUUUUGUUGACAUCAUACUAACUCAAAGCCAUGGUUCUAUUUACUUGUUCCUCAUUUUCCGUUGUUUCUAUUUGUUUGUUCACAUCAUUCAUUAAAAUUUUGGAUGCUGGAUUUCAUCUGUGUUCUUGGUUUGAAGCGCCUGAAAUUCUUUGAGUUGGAAAAAAAAAUCACCAUCUUUGCUGGACUUCAAUAUAUUCCUUCAAAAUCUAAAAACAUUGUGACCGCUCCUAAGUAACAUUUGAAGAAAGCAAAUGUCUGUAGUGUAUCCUUUUAAGGUCCUUAUCCUAUAUGAUCAUUCUCAGAAAGCCUCAUAUUCCAUCCCCACCUUGCUAUUUCUAGCCCCUUACACUGGGCUUGAUCAGACCGAAGUAGGUGGCCCAAGUGGGCCUGACCUGCUGCUUCUCCAGAUUGGGGGUUGAAGUCACCCUGACCUGUCUCCUUAGGAAGGUGGCUAAGGCCCUUCCUUAGUGGCCUUCCAAGGUAAAUGCCGAUUUAUGCUGCUCCCCUUUUAGGUGAGGUGUGCAAGAAUACCAUUUACUUGUAAAUUCAUGUAAUCCUUCAAUUAUAGUUAGUCGAGAGUGGGAUAAUGGCUGGCGAUGGAAGUUAUUAUUGAUAAUAAUGUCAGGCGUCCAGGGAUUCGUUCUGAAUCCAAUAGGGCUUAUUUUUCAAAUUCAAAAUAUCUUCCGAGGCCUAAAGUGAAACGACCCUUCAUUUAAAUAUUGGCUAUGCCACCAUAUCUUCAUGAGAUAAGGAAAUAAAAAGGUCGACCAACAGACUGUAGAAAUAUUCUGAAAUGAUGGAAAGGAAGUUUUUCUAUUGCAAGGUUUGUCUCGAACGAGAACAGUAUCACUUUGUUCAUUAAUUUUAUAAUGCGUUGCUUUUAACCAGGUCUGCAACUACCCUUUCACAACCAGAGGGAUCUUGAUGGGUCACAUUGGCGUCAACUAUGAGCAUUUUCAGGUGAUCAGGUUUUGUUACUCGGCUUGUGAUUUCUCAUCUUGUUAGAGAGUUGGACUUCACGUUAGCUUUGACUAGAGUUCCAGAGUGAUGCCGUUUCUGUGCUUACUCUUGUUCGGCAACUUGGUCCAUACAUAACGAGGCCCACCUCUCCUGACAUUUUUUGCAGGUGGGAGGUCGUCGGAAACUUUGGUGGGGAUGGGUAUUUCAGCAUAAUCGAGUCCUAGAAGUUAAUGAGACCAUAAUGCUCAGAAAGUUAGGCGACCAUGGGCAACUGUUUGAAUUCACAUUUCCCAAUUGGAUUGAAUGAGAUAGAAUAGAGAAUGCAGAUCAUGUGUGAAACGUGCGCCCUCCCCACCCCCUCACCCCCACCCGCCACCGUUUCCCCUGCUGGAAGGCCUAUUCAUAUGAAAGUAUUUGACUUUAUUUAGGAAUUUAAGAUUAGAGUAGGAAAUUUUCGAAUCUCAAGUGAGGAGAGAGCACGAAUGAGGUAAAAGGUCCUGGAGUUUGUGCCGUAUUCCUGAUGAUUUACAAACAUGAGUGCCCUUCCCUGUGGAACGGCUUUUCUUAAUAAAGUGUUGGCUUUUAAUUACGAAUUCGAAAUUUAAAUUGGAAAGGUAUGAGUACCCAGUAUUUACAUUUUAUGGUCCACCACUGUCUUAUGAAUUCAUCUAAGGCCGGGGACAUGGAUGAUGUAUGAGGACCUGGAGCUCAUGCCAUGUUCUUCAUGAUUUGUGAAUAUUACUGGAAAAAUUAUAGUCUUGUUCCGAGCAUUUUUUUUGUGUGCUUCUAGUCCCUGAUGUCUCCAACUGCUGACGCCCACUGCAGGUUACAGACACUCCUGGACUUCUCAAUAGAGACGAUGGUGAGUUAUUCAAUUUACACACAGCGUUGCUUUCAUAUACUUAGCAAAAAGAAGCAUUUUGAGGGGAAGAAAUUCUUUUUGUUUCAUCGGAAAUUUUUGACAGAAGAUCCAUUAGAUGAUUAGCGGGAACGUUUCCGUCCACUAAUGGGCGUCACGUUUGAUGGCUGCUGCAAUAAAUUCGGCUAUCAUUGGUGCUGGUGCCCAUUUUUAUCUAAUAAGAAAAUUCCUAUCCUCUCAACUCUCUUAUGAAUGAGGAUUUGCUUAUUUUCUUGACCAGAUGGGUUUUCUUCGGGGAAUUUCGUUUCUCUAAAGAUCUUACCUAUAAUCUCAUAGCUUUAUUUUUCGCUCAUUCUUAGUGAGAAAGAAAUCUUCUUGACCUAUCUCUGCUAUCAUACAUGCAUCUGUUCAUUUUAGAACUAAAACUUUUGCCUUAAAAGGUUAAGGUUUUCUUCUUCUGGGCCAUCCUUCCCCAGAGCUGCAGCUUUUCUGGCCAGCACAGCCUGAGACGUGAUUUCCAUCAACGUGGGAAAUCCCAAGAUUUCCCUCCCAUCCAUCGUCAGCCUUAUCAAUUUCCUUCCACAUCUUUUUGCCCAACUUUGGUUGUUUCAAAAAAAAGAUGAAUAAACUUUGUUUCAACAGCUCUGUGAAUAUAAUCCUCCACUCUUUCUGCAUUAGCUUACAGGGUGCUCAUCUUGACCCAGAUAAGAGGAACAACCUGGAGAAGCUCACCCUCGCUGUUCUCUCUCACCUGCCGACUGCAGUGCUCUACGUUCACGAUCUUACAGGAGAAUGUGGGACCUCGCCAUCGAAUCAGGUUUCCCUGAGCUUGAACUUUUCAGGGUUCUUCCUUCUAGAUGCCGUAAUCCGCCAUCUAACCUGACUAUGGAUGGUGGUGCAGUUUGCUCUGUACAAGGAGAUAAGGGAAAGAUUUAAGGAUCAUCUCUGGCUGGAUGUGGUUUCCAAAUGUGAUCUUCUGCAGCAGCCCAAGUGUGUGAUUAAUGCGGAAGACGAAUUGGAAAGCUACAAGAUAUUUGGGCCCCACGGCGCGAUUCAGGUGUCCGUGAAAUCUGAGAUCGGGCUCGAUGAGGUUAGUAAACACCUUAAUACUAUGAAUGUUUCAAGCCCUGAAUCCUAAUCCUUCAACUCCAAAUCUUCAUUCCCAAGUCUCUGACCUUAAUACCUAAAUUUCAUUCCUUAAACCCCACACCUCAGAUCUUCGUUCCUAAAUCUUUGACAUUAAUACCUGAAUCUUUUGCCUUCAUCAUCUCAAAUCUUUAAUCUUAAAUCUCAAGCAUGAAGCCUUACGAGCUUAAUAUUAAUCAUUAAACCUGAAAUCUUAUACCUUUAAGCCUCAAACCUAAACAUUAACAGCUAUGCUUUAAACCCUGAAUAUUGUCUUAAAUUAUGCCUUAGAAGGAAAAUUCAAAACCUUUAAUGUGGUUGUGUAAAGUCCACGACUCCCACAUUAACUCAAACCUUAGACCCUAAAUCUUAAAAACUUAAACCUAAAUUAAACCCUAAAUCUUAAACCUCGUUAUAAACCCCUUGAUCUUAAACCUUAAGCUUAUCAACUAUUUCAUGUAUGCCCUAUUUUGUGUGAAAUUCUGUUAGUAAGCUGCUCAUAAGUUCUGGUCAUGUGAAUUUUUCCGCUUUUUUUUAUUGGUGUUAAGAUUCAAUCUUUAUCUCAACCUUUCAGCUAAAGGGUCGAGUUCACGAGUUGCUGAUGACACAAAUGAGUAG